UAAUCUGUGAAAGCUGUGACUUGACAAUAAUACGACCACUGACAUUUCAAAAUUUCAAAUCACUUAGCGUCGUAGAGUUUCUGUUUAUUAAUAUUAUAAACUUUAUUGUUAAUUACAUAAAAUGUUUCGGAAUCAGUACGACAGCGAUGUCACAGUAUGGAGCCCUCAAGGUCGUCUCCACCAAGUGGAGUAUGCCAUGGAAGCUGUGAAACUCGGGUCAGCAACUGUGGGUUUGAAAAACAAACAAUUUGCUGUGCUCAUAGCUUUGAAGAGAGCAGUUAGUGAAUUGUCGGCUUACCAGAAGAAAAUCAUACCUAUCGAUGAACAUAUUGGUAUUUCUAUUUCGGGAUUAACAGCUGAUGCUAGGAUGCUAAGUCGCUUCAUGCGCACAGAAUGCCUCAACCAUCGCUACGCCCAUGACGCUCCAAUGCCAGUCGGCAGACUUAUCUCUCUUGUGGGUAAUAAGAUGCAGAUUUGUACUCAGAGAUACGACAAGCGGCCUCUUGGUGUUGGUCUGUUGGUGGCUGGGUAUGAUGAUCAAGGUCCCCACAUCUACCAAACCUGUCCGUCAGCCAAUUUCUUUGACUGUCGGGCUAUGGCCAUCGGUGCGAGAUCUCAAUCAGCAAGGACCUAUCUGGAGAAACAUUUGAACACCUUCCAAGAUAGUGAUCUGCAGGAGUUGGUCGCUCAUGGUCUUAGAGCAUUGCGUGAUACACUGCCCAAUGAAGUUGAUUUGAAUACUAAGAACGUAUCAAUAGCCAUAGUCGGCCCCAAAACGCCUCUCCGUGUGUCCGAUGAAACAGAACUGACGAGAUACCUGUCCCUGGUGGAGGGCGAAGAGCGACGCGGGGGCGGAGCCGCCACGGGCGACGCGGGGCCCGCGCCCGAGGGCCCGGGGGACCAGGGGGCCCCGCAGCCACAGGUUGCCAUGGAUACGGAGUAACAAGACUACAAGACAGUCUGGAAGGAGAGGAAAUAAAAGAAGAUUUGAAGAUCAAUGACGCUCCUCCCCACUCCUGUUUCUCUUUAAUAUUUCUUCCCCCCUCGGUUUACGCUUGUAAAGGUCUGCCUUGGCCAGUGUUUAGGAUUUGUUCUAGAG